CUCUCCUCACACAGAGAUGGCCGCCCGCCGCUGCUGCCCCCUGGCCACACUGCUGGCCGUGCUGUUGGUGACGUCAUGCCUCGCACCGCCCGUGGCUGCCAACGCGGCCAGCGUCUGCAUCCGCAACUGCGCGCAGUGCAAGAAGAUGUACGGCCCCUACUUCGAGGGGCAGCUGUGCGCCGACGCGUGCCUCAAGUUCAACGGCAAGAUGAUGCCCGACUGCGAGGACGCCGCCUCCAUCGCGCCCUUCCUCAACAAGCUGGAGUAGCUUCCACACGGCCUCUGCCUCAAUAAAGUCUUUCUGCAAAGCUAACAUUCGCCAGCUUCUUUAUCCCAGCCAGUUACCUGCUCUCCCUCGUGAGCUGCCCGCACACUCGUAGCGAGAAAGUGACAUGCACCAGCCGUGUCAAAGCUCCCAUCACAAGCCUCUACAUCUUCAUAAUAAUAAAAAUAAUAAUAACAAAAUUCCUGGAGAGGAUUGGGCUAACGCCAUUCUCCAGUUACUUCAUCAGUAGGGGUUGAUGGUACGAAUUACCACGUAAAACGUAAAGAGGUCAUCAAUACAAUAAAGGAGAGUGCAAUGUGGAAAAGAUU